AUGGCCCCUCCCACAGUAAUAAGUAAACCAGCCAACAGCACAGACACUGGGGAGAAUCAAUGGAGGCAGUCCACCUCCUUGGAUUCUGUCCAGGUCUAUGAAUCUGGCUCACUAUCUGUGGAUUUCUCAACCUGCCUUUCUUCACUUUCCAUCAGGUUCUCUUCACCUGUGCAGGGGCUGAGAGCUGUAGCUGAGAACGAGGCCAAAGAGAUGAGGCUAAGCCACAUGGAAUAUGGCCACACUGGAAAACAUGGGGCUCACCAGCUAAAAAAAUAUGCAAAGAAAACUUCUUGGUUCCCACAGUAUGCCCCAAUAUAUGGAUGUCUCUCCCAGAGUGUAACUAAUAGCUCAAGACUUCAUGGUUCUAAGUUCAUCUUGAUGGGGCUCCCAGGCAUUGACAAGUGGCAGCACUGGCUCUCCCUGCCCCUGGCUCUGAUCUACCUCUUAGCUCUUGGUACCAAUCUCCUCAUCAUGAUCACCAUUCAUCACAAGCUUAACCUGCACCAGCCCAUGCAUCAGUUCCUUAGUAUCCUGGCUAUAGUGGACAUUGGCUUGGCUACCACCUUCAUGCCCAGGAUUCUGGGCAUGUUCUGGUUUGAUGCCAAGGCCAUCAGCCUCCCUGUGUGCUUUGCUCAAAUCUAUGCUAUUCACUGUUUUAUUAGCAUGGAGUCUGGUAUCUUCCUUUGUAUCACUGUGGAUAGAUAUGUAGCCAUCUGUCACCCACUUCAAUACUCCUCCAUAGUUACUGAAGCUUUUGUAGUCAAAGCCAUAAUAUUCAUGGUGCUUAGGAUUGUCCUGUUGACCAUCCCAGUGCCUGUACUGGCUGUCCAGAGACACUGUUGCUCCAAGAAUGAAAUUGACCGCUGUAUGUGCUCUAACCCUGGGGUCACUGGUUUGGCCUGUGAUGACACCACCAUUAAUAGGUUUUAUUAGCUGGCUUUAGCCUGGGUCAUCAGUGAAAGUGACAUGGCUCUAGUCCUUAUUUCUUAUGUUCUGAUCUUUCACUCUGUGAUGAGACUGAACUCUGCUGAGGCAAGGCUAUUGACUAUUGUCAAGGCUCUGAGCACCUGCACUUCCAAUCUCAUCCUCAUCUUCUUCUUCUACACAACCAUUGUUGUAGUUUCUAUAGCCCAUCUGGCAGCCAAAGCAGCUCUUAUCUUUGCUGUUCUUCUAAAUAUGCUUAACAUUGUCAUCCCCCCUGCAGCCCUUAACCCCAUGGUAUAUGCUUGUAGGGCCCAUGAGCUUAGAUUGAGCUUCCAGAGGGUGCUUAGAUUAGACAAGACUGUGUUCAAGAAGUGGCACAAACUCAAAGAAGGGAAUAUGUGGUGCUGCAAAAGAGCACAGGAUGGCUCUGGUGUUGGAGGUGAUGAUAGCCAUCAUACAAUCUUGGAAGGAAAGCAGGAGUAG